AUGAUCACGCCCCAUGCUAUGAUCACGUACCACACUAUGAUCACGCCCCACGCUAUGAUCACGCACCACGCCAUGACGCCCCACGCUAUGAUCACGCACCACGCCAUGACGCACCACGCUAUGAUCACGUACCACGCUAUGAUCACGCACCACGCUAUGAUCACGGUGGCACGCUAUGAUCACGCAUGCACUUCCAAGUUUUUUCUACAGGACACUAUGUCCGAGAGACCGCAACAACAAAAGGAUCAUCUUCCAUCACAGAAAUAUGUCACAUACCGAGAUGAAGAAGUCAAUGAUGAUGGUAGUUGGGCUUCACCUCAAGGAAGUGAGAAAGGUUGGAGUUCUUUGCUAGGUAAUUUUGGAGACAGGACCGGUCAUUAUCAAUAUGGUGGAUAUGAGCGUCAGCCUCCAGACCUCCUGAAGGAUGAUGAAAACAUGGAGAUAAGGAGAGUCCAGAGGUACCAAAACAGACAUAAUGGAACACAUCUCAGGAGUGAAAAGGAGAACAUACAAGAUCAAACCCUGGGGAGUUGGUUCAAGGUCACAGUUCCCUAUGGAAGAAAGUAUGACCGGACAUGGCUAAUGGGUUCAAUCCAGAGCCAUUGCAGUGUCCCCUUCACUCCAGUGGACUUUCACCAUGUGCAAAACAAGGCCCGGUUCUUUGUCCAGGAUGCUCACACUGCCUCUGCAUUGAAGGAUGUCAGCAACAAGAUUUAUGAUGAGGAGAACCAAAAGAUAGCUAUCUUUGUCAAUACUUCUGCUGUACCCUACUCUGUGCGGGAUAAGUUGGAGCCAGAAAUAAUUGAACAGCUAACGGUAAUGCAGACUCAACAGUACAUGUUCGCCCUCAGAUCCUCCCCUAUCCUCCUCCAGCCCCGAUUUCCCUAUCACCACCACAGCCUCAGAGUUCUCUCUCCAUCUCCCUCUGUAGCUGACCAUGUACAAACGAUAUGAUGCAAAAAGAAUUUCCCUGAGCUGUUGUCCCUGAACUUACACAACAACAGACUGUACCAACUGGAUGGCCUGUCUGAUAUUGCACAGGUGGCACCCACAGUCAAGAUUUUGGACCUUUCCAAAAAUGAGCUUAACUCUACCUGGGAGUUGUGCAAAAUCAAAGGCCUGAAACUGGAAGAGCUGUGGCUGGAAGAUAACCCUUUGUGCGGCACCUUUCUAGACCAGUCUACUUACAUAAGCGCCAUCAGGAAAUGUUUCCCCAAGUUGUUACGCUUGGAUGGACAUGAUUUAUAUCCACCAAUUGACAUUGACAUUGACAGCCACUACUUAUUAAAGCCCGUAAAGGAAAGCUAUAAAGGAUCUGAUGGUCUGAAGUAUCAAGUCCUGCAUUUUCUGCAUCAAUAUUACUUGAUCUAUGACUUUGGAGACAGAUGGAGUCUCCUCAGUGCUUAUCACGAUGAGGCCUGCUUCUCUCUGACUAUUCCCUACAUUCCAAACAACCCAGCCCCCCGCUUGUUUGAGUACCUCAGGGAUAAUGAGUAUAUGAAGAACUUCCAGAACUCCAACGUGCCUUUUCGGCUGCUGAGACAUACAAAAUACGACAUUGUGAGCACCCUCUGUGUGUUGCCCAAAACUCAGCAUGACCUCAACUCCUUUAUCGUGCACAUAUGGUUCCAGUCAGAGAGCAUCCUCUUCCUCCCCCAGGAAAGCCUGUUCUUCUUUCGUGUCCAUGGGGUAUUCAAGGAAGGGGAAGGACAGUCUCAGGAUUCUGUGUGUGCCUUCACCCGGACCUGCAUUGCUACCCCUGCUAACAAUUCCAGCCUAUGUAUCCUAAAUGAUGAAUUGUUUGUGGGGGAUGUCACCCCCAACAAGACUCAGAAUGCAUUUCCCACCCAAGUGCCCAUGCCUUCCUUCAGUACUGGGCCCACCCUCUCUCAGGAGCAGCAAAAAAUGGAACAAGUCUCCUCCACCCCAUCUGGGAUGAGCUUCUAG